CUGGCUUUCAAAAGAAUUGGUAAGGACUCGAUACUGAAAGUAAACAAAUUUGGUAAAUUACUUAUUAAUUACCUAUGGUAAAAUGGAAACUGCCAGUACACAGAAGGUGAUAUUAAAGAAGAAUGAACCACCAAACAGCCCACCAGCACCUUCCUCUCCAACCACCAAUGGUUUAAACCAACACGAAUGUCAAAUUUGUGGCAAAGAAUUCACGCGAGAGUGUGAGUUCGCCCAACAUGUUGCGGUACAUGAAGGCGAACCGCCUUUUGGGUGCGACAUUUGUGAGAAAAAGUUUUUAUUGAAAAACGCCCUAAUCAAACAUAUGAUUGUACAUACUGGUGACAAACCAUUCAAUUGUGAUGUAUGCGGCAAACAAUUUGAAUCAAAGUCACGAUUAAAAGACCACCAAAAUAUUCACACUGGUGAGCGUCCGUACAGUUGCACUGUAUGCGAAAAAGUUUUUGGGUGUAGAAAGAGUUUUGCUCAUCAUCGGCUCAUUCAUACGGAUCAGCGACCGUACAAAUGCACCAUAUGCGGAAAAGAUUUUGCCAUUAAGGCUUACCUAUCCAAACAUAUGUCUACUCACACCGGUGAUUACAUGCAUAAGUGCGAAAUGUGUGGUAAAAGCUUUAAACAUAGCACGAGACUCACGAAACAUAAACUCUUCCAUAUGGAAGAGAUGUAUAAAUGCACCAUAUGCGAAAAAGAUUUUACCAGUAAAUUUUACCUAAGCAGACACAUGCUUAUUCACAUGGAUGGUCACGAGCAUAAGUGCGAUGUGUGCGGCAAAGGAUUCAUGACUAGUUCACUGCUAAAAGACCACGAAUACAGACAUUCAGGUCAACGGCCUUACAAAUGCACAGCGUGCGGAAAAGAUUUUAACGGCAAAAGAAAUCUUGCUCAACACAUGACUCUUCACACAACUGAACGACCUCACAAAUGUUCGUUUUGCGAGAAAGCUUUUACCAUGAAGGCAUACCUAUCCAGACACAUGCGUAUUCACACGGGGGAUUUCGAACAUAAGUGUGACGUGUGUGGCAAAGGAUUCUUGACCAGCUCACUACUAGAAGACCACGAGCGCAGUCAUACAGGUGAGCGACCGUACAAAUGUACCGUUUGUGGAAAAGAUUUUGCAGUUGUGUCUUAUCUAUCCAGACACAUGUUUAUUCACGAAAGUGAUUAUAGAUAUAAGUGCGAAAUAUGUGGCAAAGGUUUUGAUGAUGGUUCAAGCUUUACAAAACACAAACGGCUGCAUACGGGAAAGAUGUACAAAUGCACCAUAUGCGAAAAAGAUUUUCUCACUAGACAUUACCUAAAUAGCCACAUGCAAAUCCACACGGGUGAUUACCGGCAUAAGUGUGAUGGGUGUGGUAAAGGAUUCAUAACAAGACGUCUCUUGAACGAUCAUGAGCACAGUCAUAGAAGAGAACCACACUACAAAUGUUCUGAAUGUGGAAAGGCUUUCAGCACUAAACGUUACCUAAUCCCCCACUUGAAGGUUCAUCAACGUAAACUGUCACUCAAAUGCACCAUAUGUGAAAAGCUGUUAAAUUCUAGGCACGGUCUAAAAGAACACAUGCGUAGACAUACAGGCGAGCAUAGAUUCAAGUGUGGUGUGUGUGACAAACGCUUCUACCAACUUUCGGCCUUUAAAAUUCACGAACGCAUUCAUACGAAUGAGCGACCCUUCAAAUGCUCCGAAUGUGGCAAACAUUAUUCUACAAGUCAUAACUUGAAGGUGCAUCUUCGCAAACAUAUGACAACUGAGCGGCCACUUGAUAGUGUUUCGUGAAUCAGGAUCCUUUUAGAAUGUUUACCCCCCUACGUUUGCCUACGUUAAAUCUUGUGAUAGUGUUGGAGAACGUUUUUAAUAGGAUAUAAAUAACGUGAUAACAGCGUAAGAUUUGGAGAAAAAAAUCCGUCAGUGUCUCACAAAUGAUAUGUAACUGUAGUAAACUUAUCUUGUGAAUACAUUAAUUUCAUCUUGAUAACACUCGUAUUAAUUGAAUAUCAGAAUAAAAAAUUAAUACCAGUUAUGGUAAAAGUUUUAAUAUUAUAUAUCCACAUGGAUCACUUUAACGAAUCCAAUACAAAUCGAAAAAGACAACACCAUCUCGUGACGAAAAAGGCUAUUAGUGCAGUCAUGUUUAACAAUUUGCAGUGUUAUCGUGCAUCAGGAAGUUUCCAUAUUUAUUUUUGUUGAGACAACAAAAUCAGAAACACAGUAGAUCUAGCUUUUUUAAAUAGAAAAUUUUCAUUAAAAUUUUUGACUUGUACAA